AUGCGGACCACUGCGGCGGCCCCCGACCUUCCGGACCCCGGUUUCAACACGUCGCAUCACCACCACCACCACCACCAGCAGGACGACGCCUCAUCCCCUCCACCGCCACCACCGGCGCUCUCAGUGACCACCCCUGAAGAACCCCUUCCGCGACGGAUCAAGUCGAAAUCCUCCCUGCGAAGUCUUCGGAGUUUCGGCAGCAGUCUCAACGACGAAGACCCCGAUGAUAGUGUCGACCAGUCCGCGUCCGACAAAUCGAUCGUUCGCCCCUCAAUCCUCCGUCGAUUGUCCCCGGGACUGGCGGCGCGAGUCAAGUUGUUAGACGGCAGUCAUCACAAGGCCGCGCAAUCUCGCACCUCUGGCGUGGUGGGUCGAAUCCCAGAAGAACACAUUAAGGAGUUGGACACCCUUCACAAGAACUUAUCGGCGUCCAUCAAGAUUGAGAAGAAAGGUCGCGCGUGGAAUGGUUUGCUUUUGACGAGUAGGGAGAAAAAGAAGCAAGGCGAUUCGGGUCUCCUGGAGGUGUUCGACCCGGACCUGUUAGAAGUGCCCUCGGAAUCAUCAUACGACAAGGCGCUGGACGAGCCCGCCCAAUUUUCCUCCCAAUUUCCCUCCCACUCAGACACACAUACUAUUGAAGACAUACCCCCAGACGAGCCCGUCGACCCGACAUCUCCAGACGGGGGAGCGUACGCUCCUGAAACAACCAUGACUGUCGCUCAACCCCUCCCAGCGCCGUGGCCCGUCGAUUCGCUACCCGACGCGGAAACAUAUGAACCCACUGAUUUCGAGAAGUACGUCCAGAGCACGAGCGAGAAGGAAAAAGAAAUGGAAACGGAAAGGUCCCAGUGCCCCCCGCCAUCUCCGCCCAAAGAUUUCCCGCCCGAACCGUCCAGCGCUUCCUCGCACUUUAACCCUGCCGGCUUGCAGCGUGCCGAGUCGAUAUUCUCCUUCUCACGAGCCUCGUUCAGCAAUCAACUCUCCCAACUCACUUCGAUCUCCCUCCCGCAGGCAUCAUCAUUGGCGUCCAGUAUCUCGGCACUCCCCAACGCCCACUCCGCCAUCAAGUCUCUCACGGGAGCAGCCGACCAAAUUCAGAUAUGGAUCAGGAAGGCAACCAGCGUACUGGAGGGCCUCGAUGCGGACGACGAUGUGGAGUGGGCGGCGGCGGGAGGGCGAGAAGGUCUCGACGACGUUGACAAAGCCAUCACGCAGUUUGAGGGUCUGAUCAACGUCUACGUGAAGGCGAUCGAAGAUGUGCAAUUACGGGACGAUAUUGAAGGUGUCGAGCCGGAGAGUUUGAGGACGAUCGUCACCCAGAUGGAUUUCAUUAUCCAAAAUUGGACACAUAUUAAGGCGCGACUCAGGGCCGUAAAAGAACAGGUGGAACUGGCCAUGGAGUGGGAAGAGCUGUGGAACAACAUUCUGGGGGAUGUAGGGGCUGAGGUCGGGAACCUGACACAGCUGAUCUUCCAGAUGGAGGAGAAGCGGCACCUGGUCAUGUCUGGGGGCCAGUCGCCCGGGAAUGCUGGGGUCGAUAUUAACGAACUCGAGACGAUCGUCGAAGAAACGCCCGGCAAUGGGAAUACGUCCAGCAAGCGGCUCAGCAUGGAACUCCCCGUCCCACCCACCUUCGAUACACCCAUCAUUCAGACACACCAGGAGGACACAUUCCACGCGGACCUGAUUGCCCUAUUCGCCCGCAUCCAGCCUCUACGGGCAUCCUUGGAUUUCUUGCCUAUGCGCCUGUCUUUGUUCCAAUCCCGGGCGGAGCGAGUGUUCCCGACUGCUUGUGGGGAGUUACAGCAGGGCAUUCACCGACUAGAAGAACGUUACAAGACGCUGGAGAGGGACGCGGAAGAUCUGCGCAAGGAACUCAGCGAGGACCGAUGGAUCCUGGUUUUUCGCAACGCUGGCGGACAGGCGCAGAAGAUGUUUCAGUCCGUGGAGAGAAGCAUCUCCAAACUCCAAGAAGCAUUGGAAUCGGGGGCAGAGUUCAACAAUCCCUCCAGACUGGCGAAGCGGAUCGAGAACUACGACGCCAAGAAGCAGCACUACGUGGCAGCGAUUGAACGCGUGGUUGCAAUCAUUCAGAAGGGCGUCAAGGAUCGACUCACGGUCAAUGGCGAGACCCUCACUCUCCUAUCGGACAUGACUUCCAAGCUGGACGCAUUGAAGGCAAGUAUCAGAGUCAUGGAUGCAUCGCUGGAGGACGUCCACAUCGCCCGGAGUCAGCAGUUGCGGGACUCGAUAUCUAGCAUCGUCACAAUGGACAGUCCGGCCACGGGGAGCGCGGUGGACACGCCGGGCAGCUCGCCGCCGUCGUCGGUGGUCAUGACACCUGGGAAUGCCCUCAAGGGAGCAUCGACACCGCUUGGGGGCUCUAGUCGACGCGGCAGCUCCGUCAGCUCCGUCGCACGCACAACCAUGUCCAAGGUCCGUCGAUAUUCUGGCCUGCCACAGCCCACGUCAGCCCUGACGGGGAAGUCCGCCAUUCCCAAACCUUCCCUGACUGCACCGUCGCCGUUGAAGACGAACGGUGGUGCUAUCACACCUACACCGGCAACGCGCAAAGCGCCGCGUCCGGUCUCUACCAUUCCCAAUCGUCCGCGGUGGAAUGGGAGUACGAAUACCAAUGACCUGCAAGUCGGCCAUAUCUACAAGCCCAAUCCUCUGACCACGCCAUUUCGCAAAUCCUCCGUCCCCAGCCGCCCUUCCUCCACCCUGCCCUUCCGCAGCAGCAUACGGCGGGAUAUCUCUGUCUCUCCUGCCCCCUCUGCCACCCGAUCUACAAGCCGUAUUUCGAGCCGGCUUGCGUCGCGAAGUCCGGUGCCUCCGCCGUCUCCUUCUCCCGGUUCUUCUCUUCUGGAUCCUCCGCCGUAUGGCAAACUCCGGCGACCGUCGGGAACAGAGCGGAUGGCCAACACGCCGCGGAAUCGACAAAGCUUUGCCGGGCUGUCGUUCAGUCGCAGUGUAUCGCAGGACCAGGGCCGGGGAUUGCUCAGUCCCACCAAGGCCGAGCGUCCCGGCACUGCACUGGGCCAUUCGGGCAGCCGUCGCAUUAGCCUCCUUCCUCUGCCUAAGGGCCGCAGCGGCCGGGACAGUGCUGCGGGCUCUCGUAGCAAACUUGCUGAUCGGCCCCCGUGGCGGUAA